UCACAUUUGGGUUUUAUCUUCUUUCUCUGAGCACCUCUCUAUUAACUGCUGUGCUUAAGAGUGUUAAAACGAUCUUUUAAUAAAUUCCAAUUCUGCUUCAUAUACGUUUGUCCUGAAAUUAUUUUCUGCAACAAAGUCAUGAAUCUUGUAUAUUCCUGGGAAGACGUUCCUAUGGGGAAAAGUUCUUAGGCUGCAGACUGAGUUUUACACUAUCCUGGGCUUACAGUGUGAGACUCUCUCUCAGAACAGAACACACAAACAAACAAAAACCGCGAACACACUGCGGUUCCCAAACUUUCUUGUUUUGAGACAGCAUCUUACUGGUUGGACCUGCUGCCUUUGAACUCUUCCUCAAUCAUCCCUGUCUCGGUUUCCCGAAUACUUAAAAGUAUAAGUUUUUUCCUGCUUUUCCUGGGUUGGCAUCAAGUUUGCUUGCUUGUGAGAGUCUGCGCAGCCGCAAAGAAUGAAGUCCGUGUCCGUUUGCUCAGUUGGGAACCAAUAAAGUUGAAUGUCUUCAAAGCGGGCCUAGCAACUUAGGCACUGCUGGGCAGUCCUGAAAAGGAGCCAGACUGGAAACUCGCGCGCACUUCCAGGUCUUCCCGAAUUCCUUAGCAGCGCGGUCCUCCCUACUCGCGGAGCUUUCGUGUUGAGCAGAAGUUGCGGGAGGAACUUCCGAUGCCGCGGGACCACGCGUGGGCGGAGCUUCCGGUGCGGCGGAGAGGGAGGCUGCUGCAGUCUUCCCCGGUAAAGUGAGACACCAGCGCCAGGCAGUGGGAGCAUGAAGCCCAGACCCGCGGUUUUCGUAGACAGGAAACUGAAGCAACGAGUCAUUCAGUGUAGAUUAUGGUCGAAGAAAAAGAAAUGCUUUUAGAAUCCAGGUGGAAAAAGUGUUUAACAUAAUUAGUAGUGAGAAAGAACAUAAGAAUCUUAAAGAACUAGAAGAUGGACAUCUGGCAAAAAGAGCAAGACAAGAUGAAGAUGAUGAGUACACUGAAAGCUAUUCUGAUGAUGAUUCAAACAUGGAAGAUUACCCAGAUCCACAGUCAGCAAAUCACAUGAACAGUUCCCUGCUCUCUUUGUAUCGGAAAGGAAACUCUGAUUCUGUUUCAACCACUCCAAAGUUGGAACAGAGAGAAGACGCCACUUCAUCACCAUUGCUGUCUUCUAAAACAGACUCCAUGCCAUUGAAGACCCCUGCCCGAGAACCUGAGGGAGGAUGGUUUAUUGACAAAACCCCAGGUGGACAGAAAGAAAGUCUUCCCUUGGACCUGUCAGAUGACCAAAGCAACUGUAAAAAGCAGGAUCCUGGGAUUCAGAAUUUAAAAGAUUCUUCUCUUCUGGAAAGUGACAAGAAAAGGAAAAGUAGGGCAAAAGGCAAAGGAAACAAAAGAAAGACAGAGGGUCUUCAAGAAGCGGAUGGAGAGAUAGAAGCUAUUCUGCAAAAGAGAGCUAAAGCGAAGAGUACAGAGUUGCAGAUUUCCAGUGUGAAGUUUGAAGAUGUCGGAGGCAAUGAUGCGACAUUAAAAGAAGUCUGCAAGAUGCUGAUUCACAUGCGUCAUCCAGAGGUGUACCAGCACCUUGGUGUCGUGCCCCCUCGUGGAGUUCUUCUGCAUGGACCACCAGGCUGUGGGAAGACAUUACUUGCACAUGCGAUAGCAGGGGAGCUUGACUUGCCGAUUCUGAAAGUGGCUGCCCCAGAGAUCGUGUCGGGAGUGUCUGGAGAGUCUGAGCAAAAGCUCAGGGAUUUAUUUGACCAGGCCGUGUCAAACGCACCAUGUAUUGUGUUCAUUGAUGAAAUUGAUGCAAUCACCCCCAAAAGAGAAGUUGCUUCAAAAGAUAUGGAACGAAGGAUCGUGGCCCAGCUUCUAACCUGCAUGGACGAUCUGAAUAACGUGGCAGCUACAGCCCGAGUCCUAGUUGUUGGAGCUACUAACCGGCCAGACUCAUUGGAUCCUGCUCUGAGACGUGCGGGAAGGUUUGAUCGAGAAGUCUGCUUGGGUAUCCCAGAUGAGGCAUCCAGAGAAAGAAUUCUCCAAACUUUGUGCCGAAAACUGAGACUUCCAGAAACCUUUAAUUUUUCUCAUUUAGCACACCUGACACCAGGCUUUGUUGGUGCUGACCUGAUGGCUCUUUGUCGAGAGGCAGCCGUGUGUGCGGUGCACAGGGUCUUGAUGAGACGGCAGGAGCAGCAGAGGACAGAGCCUGAGACUGGGGGUUUGCCCUCUGACGGAGAGCAGGGGAGAAGCCUGGGAGCAGAGCCCCCUUCUGAAACACAGGAUGAAUUGCAAAGGCUGUUGGGGUUGCUAAGAGACCAAGAUCCCAUCUCAGAGGAGCAGAUGCAAGGACUGUGCCUUGAAUUAAAUGAUUUCAUUGUUGCUCUAUCAGAAGUCCAGCCUUCUGCCAAAAGGGAAGGCUUUGUAACUGUCCCUAAUGUGACAUGGGCUGAUGUCGGUGCCCUGGAAGAUAUCAGAGAGGAGCUCACCAUGGCAAUAUUGGCACCUGUUCGAAACCCAGAGCAGUUCAGGGCUCUUGGUUUGGUGGCCCCAGCUGGUGUCCUCCUAGCCGGACCUCCUGGGUGUGGGAAAACGCUGCUGGCAAAGGCUGUGGCAAAUGAGUCUGGACUAAAUUUUAUAUCUGUCAAAGGCCCUGAAUUAUUAAAUAUGUAUGUCGGGGAGAGUGAGCGCGCUGUGCGACAGGUUUUUCAGCGAGCCAAGAACUCGGCGCCCUGCGUGAUAUUCUUUGAUGAGGUGGAUGCCUUAUGCCCCCGGAGAUCAGACCGAGAAACAGGUGCUAGUGUCCGUGUGGUGAAUCAGCUGCUGACAGAAAUGGAUGGUUUAGAAACACGCCAGCAAGUUUUUAUUUUGGCUGCCACUAAUAGACCAGAUAUCAUUGACCCUGCUAUUCUGCGCCCCGGCCGGCUGGACAAAACACUCUUUGUGGGUUUGCCACCCCCAGCAGACCGUGUUGCCAUAUUAAAGACUAUUACAAAAAAUGGCACCAAACCUCCCCUGGAUGAAGAUGUAGAUUUGGAAGCAAUUGCUAAUGACCAUCGUUGUGAUUGCUAUACGGGUGCAGACCUUUCUGCUUUGGUCCGAGAAGCUUCUCUCUGUGCCCUGAGACAAGAAAUAACAGGACAGAAGAAUGGCAUUGGAACAGCUGAGCUGACGGUCAGUCAUAAGCACUUUGAAGAAGCUUUCAGGAAAGUGAAACCAUCCAUAUCAGUAAAGGAUCAAAGGAUGUACGAAGCUCUACAGAGGUCCCUCAGUCAGUGACGUCCACGCCCAGUGCGUGGGACUCACCACGAACCACACUCACCUGACGGGUCUGCUUUCAACUUGACACAGGUGGUCUUCUUGUAAGCAUUUCAUUUUCAAGUUAAUGAGGCCAAAUCGAAGAAAAUGGUGUUUCCUAUCUGACCAGCUUUGUGGAAAAACUCUCUACCUCCUUUUUAAGAAAGAGAAAAAAAGAAAUGAUAAAACCUUAUUCAAAUAAAAUUUUAUUUUGAACUAUCUUGA